GAGGCCGAAGAUGUUAUAAAAGAAUACCCGGAAAACUCGGAGUCGUUGGCGCAAGCUCUGGAGCGAAAUGCAGCUUUGUGGGCAAAUCUUAAGAUAACCCUGUCCUCUCAGGGGAGCAAACUCGUCAAAAUAUACAGAGCCAUAAUUUUUGCUGAGGGCUGUGAAGAACUGUUGGAGUGGUUGCGAAAAGCAUCUCUAAAAAUAUUCAGUAUUCAGCGGAGUCGGCAGCUGGGACAAAAGGGCACUGUUUCUGGACUGCUCCUUGAUCUAAACCAGGAAGCUUGCCAGGGUGGCCAAAGCUACCUACGAAGCCGCCUGGCAACCAGCCUGAAGCGCUCCGCAUCUGAUACCUGCGUGACCUUUUUGCCAGAGCAGCCCCUGGACCAGUGUGACAAAUACGACCUCAGCAACAUUUCCUCCGCGCUUUCCAAAGUCGCCGAUCUAAACGGGCAGUUGAACAAUAAGUGGCUAUUUUUUCAGGAACUACAGGUAAUUUUAGCGCAAGUUGCACCAUUUAAAACUUCCUAA